AUGGCAAGUUUCAGAUAUCUAAGGUCCAUUUUCAAGUAUCCAGAAAAGGCCGAAGAUCCACUGGGCUCCAUGAGACUGUCCAAAAACAAAACCAUGAACCCUAGUUCCCCUAGUACAACAACUAGUAAAAGCGGUGGUGCAAACAGUGCCGCUGCAGCAGCAGCGGCACAACAGCGGCAGCCGAUUUGGCAACAAAGGUUGUUUUAUUUACAGCAGCAGGCGUCCGGCAACACCGAAACACUGACUCCACCGCCGGCGUACCAACUUAAGAUUGUACCGGUUGGGAUUGGUGAAACUGUCAAGGAGUCAAGCGUGCCACCAACGGGGCGGAACACGACUAGGCAGCCACAAACACCACACACACCGCAUACACCGCAUACAAUCACCAUCAAUACACCGUUGUCUACAAACACGAGCAACACUACCCCAUCGUCAUCGAGUCCAAAAGCAGCACCUUCUGCUUCUGUUCUGCAAAAGAAGCACCAUCAAAAGCCACCAUGCCAAACUUACACUCGACAAAUCCAACUCACCUACCCCCAGUUUGAUGUCUUGAACUCGCCACAAUACACGUCACAGCUUUCACUCAAGCUACAUACGCGUAAACACAACUAUAUCUUGGUAUUCCCCAGGCUCUCAAGUGGCGUGUCGUUGAUGCAGAAAAUACGCGUUGAGGUGCGGCCAUUCACUGACUCGAUUCAAGUCUUGGAUGCUACUGGUGCAUUGUUGUGCCAUUUCAGAAACGAAAAGAGGGGUUUCAGUAUGUUUGCUAAUUUGGGCGUUACUCCUUUAUUGGGGGUGUAUUUCUUGUUUAGUAACAGCGGUGGUAAUGGUGGUAAUAGCGCAGGUUGUGUCAAAUGGAUCAAGGGGAAUGAGUUUUGUUUGAUGCAACGAGAGUUCAAGUUGCAAAUGGUUCAAUUUUUCGACUUGCGCAGAUGGAUGGAUGCAAAACGGAAAAUGGCCAAAAAAAAGGCGGUUGUUGUUGUUUACGGUAUAUCUACUGUCUUGCCUGCUGAAAUCGUCAUCAACAUGUUCAAACUGCUCGGUAAAUUGGUCAGCUUUCAAUUUGCGCCGCUGGGGAAACUCACGAGGUUCCACGUGUUGUAUUUGCAGUACUCGAUCCAUGUUGAUGUUGCUGCUGUUGUCAAGCUGAUCAACGCCAUGUCCGGUGGAAUCACCACCGAGAUUAGACAGAGCUUACUCGUUAACCACAAGUCCCAAGCACCAUCUAAAAAAGUCAACAGUUACAAGAAGAAUAAAUUGAUAGCAAACUCUGCCGCCUAUAAAACAUAA